UGUGCUGAACUUGCUGAGAAAUUAAUAUCUCUCGUGUAUUAGAAUAUGUGUUUAGGGAAACGCUGUAGCGUCCACUUCUGUCGAAUGAGUAGAAAUUAAUGACCUGCUAUGACAUAUACAUUGUUCAUCCGCUGUGCGCAUUGAGCUAGCGUAGUUGUCACUAAGUAUAUUGAUAGAGCUGUUUCCGGUGUGAGAGCUCAAUGUUGAGAGAAUGUGAAUCUUAUAAAUGGCAUUAACGUGGCUUGUUGGAUCAGGAGCGGUGUCUUCAAAGGUCUUGCGGAAUGCUUCAAAGAGGCCAAGCAAACUUCUGUUCGCUGUCAGGCCAGACUCAUUUACAAGAGCUUCAAAGAGAGAAAGAGGGAUAUAUUUUACGAACAUCACCAAGCCCCGAUACUUCUCAACAGGGUCCAGUAUGGUGAAGAAGUUGUUGGUCGAUGUGGACUGUGGUGUGGACGACGCUCAGGCUCUCAUGGUGGCGCUGGCUGUUCCGAACGUGCAGAUCCUUGGUAUUACCUGCGUCUCUGGGAACACCUGUGUUGAGAACGUGUGCAAGAACGUUUUGCGAGUGCUGAAAGUCUGCCAACGCCUGGAGAUUCCGGUUUUCUGCGGGGCCGCCAAACCUCUUUUGGGGAACGUCAUCUCUGCUGGGUUAUUCCAUGGGCAGGAUGGACUCGGAGAUGCCCCAGACCCAGACGCUCCGGGUCUGGAGCUGGUGCAAAAAGAGGGGGCUGUAUCAGCCAUGAUCCGCAUCAUUAAUGAGCAUCCAGGUCAGGUGUCUUUAGUUGCCACUGCUCCACUGACUAACCUGGCCCUGGCCGUGAGGAUUGACCCCUCCCUGCCACAGAAACUCAAAGGUCUUUACAUAAUGGGUGGAAACACAGACUCCCGUGGCAACACCACAGCAUGUGCAGAAUACAACUUUGCAGCAGAUCCUGAGGCUGCGUAUAUAGUAUUAAACGAGUAUCUGUGUCCCACGUACAUUGCAUCCUGGGAAUUCACCUGCCACAGCAAACUGCCUUGGGAGUUUUGCGAUGGCUGGCUGGGCCAGGACACUGACAAAGCCAGAUUCAUGAAGAAGAUCUUCCAGCACAGUAUAAACGCCUGCUUCAGUGAGAGGAUAGAGAAAGAGCUUGUGGGAGGACAGGGGUUUGUCUGUUGCGAUGCCUACGCCAUGGUCACCGCCAUCGAUGACUCGUUUAUACUGGAGAGCGAAGAGAGAGCCGUGACGGUUGAGCUGACGGGAACUUACUCCCGUGGGAUGAUGGUCGUGGACCAUCUCGACCUUCUGGGGAAGACUCACAAAGCGGUCAUCUUGAAGAAAGUCGACUUGGAGAAGUUCAAGAAACUUUUGAUGGACGCUUUAAAAUAAACGUUUGUUGGUCUUCACCGUUACGUUAGAGCAGGGGUGUCAAACUCCGGUCUUGGAGGGCUGGGGUCCUGCUGUUUUUCUUGUAGACCAACUGAAUAG